UAACGAUAGAGCUGAGGUGCGUUAACCGGCGACUGCGGGAAAGAGCGACGCUCACCACAGAGACCGCGCUUGAAAGCCCAGUUUCUGGGUGUAACAGAUUUACUUUUAUUUCAGGUCGUCGGAUAAGAAUCCCGUUUGGGUGGAUAAAACCGAACCAGCGAGGAGAAAGGCGGAUUGUUUCUAGAUUUUAGUCGGGAUUUGAGAAUGUCGGGGAGCCGAGAGGAGGAGCGGCGGAAACUCGCCGACAUCAUCAACCACUGGAACGCCAACCGGCUCGACCUGUUCGAGAUCAGCCAACCGACCGAGGACUUGGAGUUCCAUGGCGUGAUGCGUUUUUACUUCCAGGAUCGAGUGGCGGGGAACUUUGCCACAAAGUGUAUCCGAGUGUCCAGCACAGCGACCACGCAGGAUGUGAUCGAGACGCUGGCGGAAAAGUUCAGACCGGAUAUGAGGAUGCUGUCUUCUCCCAAAUACUCCCUCUAUGAGGUCCACGUCAGUGGCGAAGAGAGGAAACUGGACUUGGACGAGAAACCACUGGUCGUACAGCUGAACUGGAACAAAGACGACAGAGAGGGCCGCUUCGUACUCAAGAACGAGAACGACAUCAUGCCCAAGAGAACACUGACAAAUGGCCCUGAGAAAGAGAAGGAGGGGGUGAUCCAGAACUUCAAAAGAACACUGUCCAAGAAGGAGAAGAAGAAAGAGAAGAAGAGGGAGAAGGAGGCCUUUUCCAGAAUUCCAGAUGGAGACGAUCACACACUGAACCGUGAGGAUGGAGAGAACUCCAGAUUGGCUGCUGAGGUAUAUAAAGACAUGCCAGAGACCAGUUUCACAAGGACCAUUUCUAACCCCGAGGUGGUGAUGAAGAGGAGACGACAGCAGAAGCUGGAGAAGAGGAUGCAAGAAUUCCGCAGCGGAGACGGUCGACCGGAUUCAGGAGGGACUCUGAGGAUCUACGCCGAUAGUCUGAAGCCAAACAUUCCCUACAAGACCAUCCUGCUCUCAACUACUGAUAUGGCUGACUUUGCUGUGGCCGAGGCUCUGGAGAAAUACGGGCUGGAGAAGGAAAAUCCCAGAGAUUACUGCAUCGCCCAGGUGAUUCAUGCAAAUGAUAAACCAGUGAAGGAGACCAUACUAGACGACACGGAUUGCCCUCUGCAGAUCCUCAGAGACUGGACAAGCGAUAAAGAGGCCUUAGUAUUCCAACUGAAAAAGCGUCCUCCAGACUACGCUCCAAGGAAAGGACGUAAACCCGACAACAGGAUGGGGCCGCCUCACGGAUCCAUUCCUCCCGAGAAACUGCCCUACCUGGUUGAACUGAGCCCAGAUGGGUCAGACUCCAGGGAUAAACCCAAACUUUACCGACUACAGCACAGCCUCACUGAGGUCGGAUCUGACCGAAGUGAAGAUGGAAGCAUUCAACUGUUUGGGCCUGGGAUUCUGCCUCACCACUGUGACCUGAUGCAUGCGGACGGGCUUGUGACCGUGACCCCUGUCAGUUUGGACGCUGAGACGUUCGUGGAUGGACAGCGGAUCUCCGACACUACAGUUCUGCGCAGCGGCGUGACGGUCCAGUUUGGAGCCAUUCACGUCUUCAAAUUCGUAGACCCCAGCUAUGACCACAGCAUGUCCAAGAGAGACCCAGGGCCCAUGAUGAAGGGCAGACACAAAUCAGGAAGUGUCCCAGAGACGACCUUUGACCUUCACGGGGACGUUCAUAGUGGCUCCGCUCUCCCUACAAGCAAGAGCUCAGGGAAGCUGGAGAUGGAGCGUUCAGGAAACAGUGAAAGAGGCCUGGUGAAACCCAUGAUUAGAGGAGAACAGCAGGACUUUAACAAACAUGACGGAAGGUCCCAGGAUGGCCCAGAACUCACUCUGCCGGCCAACAUCGAGUUCAGGGAAAACUCCGAGGAUGCCUUCCUGUCUGCCAUCAUUAACUACACCAACAGCUCAACGGUGCAUUUCAAGCUGUCUCCCACCUAUGUGCUGUACAUGACCUGCCGCUAUGUCAUGUCCAGCCAAUACCGGCCCGACAUCAGCCCCUCUGAGCGAACACACAAAGUCAUCGCCAUUGUCAACAAGAUGGUGAGCAUGAUGGAAGGAGUUAUCCAGGAGAUUGCUGAAGGUGAUCAGAAACAGAAGAACAUCGCCGGGGCUCUGGCCUUCUGGAUGGCUAACGCCUCAGAGCUGCUGAACUUCAUCAAACAGGACAAGGAUCUGAGUCGCAUCACGCUAGAUGCACAGGAUGUCCUUGCUCACCUGGUUCAGAUGGCUUUUAAAUACCUGGUGCACUGCUUGCAGUCGGAUCUGAAUAACUACAUGCCAGCUUUCCUGGAAGAUCCCGAUGAACAGAACCCACAGAGGCCCAAGAUAGAGGACGUUCUGCACACGCUAACGGGCGCCAUGUCUCUUCUGCGGCGGUGCCGUGUCAAUGCGGCCCUCACCAUUCAGCUUUUUUCGCAGCUCUUCCACUUCAUCAACAUGUGGCUCUUUAACAAGCUGGUGACGGAGGCUGACUCAGGCCUGUGCUCGCACUACUGGGGCGCCAUCCUGCGACAGCAGCUCAGCCACAUCGAGGCGUGGGCUGAGAAACAGGGUUUAGAGCUGGCCGCAGACUGCCACCUAAGUCGCAUAGUCCAGGCAACGACCCUCCUCACCAUGGACAAAUACUCCGUGCAAGAUGUGCAGAACAUCAACAACACCUGCUUCAAGCUCAACUCUCUGCAGCUCAACGCUCUGCUGAGCAACUACCACUGCGCUCCUGAUGAACCCUACAUUCCUCCUGAGCUGAUUGAUCACGUGGUGGCUGUGGCCGAGAACACGGCGGACGAACUGGCCCGAAGCGAUGGGCGGGAAGUACAGCUUGAAGAGGACCCUGACCUCCAGCUGCCUUUCCUACUGCCCGAGGAUGGCUACUCAUGCGACGUGGUGCGGAAUAUUCCCAACGGAUUCCAAGAGUUCCUAGAGCCACUUUGCCAGAGAGGUUUUUGUCGAUUGACACCUCAUCCACGCUCUCCAGGAACUUGGACCAUCUAUUUUGAAGGAGCUAAUUGCGAUAGUCACUUCUCAGCUGACACGUCAGAACUGCCAAUGCAGAAGGAACCGGAAAUUGCGACAGUGACUUUGAAGAAACACAAUGGGAUGGGCCUCAGUAUUGUGGCGGCCAAGGGUGCCGGACAGGACAAACUUGGUAUUUACAUCAAGUCUGUUGUCAAAGGAGGUGCGGCAGACAUAGAUGGGCGUCUGGCUGCCGGAGACCAGUUGCUCAGCGUGGAUGGAAGAAGUCUGGUUGGCCUCUCGCAGGAGAGGGCGGCGGAAUUGAUGACACGAACCGGCUCUGUUGUAACGCUCGAGGUGGCCAAACAGGGAGCCAUUUACCACGGCCUGGCCACGCUCCUCAACCAGCCAUCCCCCAUGAUGAACCGCGACCAGGCCCAGAGUCCAGGCGGGAAGCCUGUUUACCCAGGAGCCCCAGGAAAGAUCACUUCGGUCUCGACGGGUAACCUCUGCCCUGAUGAGGAGCCCUCUCCACCCCAUCCAGAGGCGUAUCCCAUCCCCACUCAGACAUACCCAAGGGAAUACUUCACCUUCCCAGCCUCCAAAUCUCAGGAUAGAAUGGGCCCUGGCCAGCCCUGGCAAAACAAUGAACCGGAGCCUCUCCCACCUAUGGAUAACCACUCAAACAACAGCAUGGCUAUACAGCGGGUGGCGCGCUCUCAGGAGGAGCUGUGCGAGAUGCCGGGCGGGUACCCAGGUGAACGCCUGCACCAGGAAGACCUGAUGCACCUGCAGCAGCAGCAGCGUGAUGCCGAGUACCAACGAGGCAGUGGGGAGCACUGGAACCACCAGAUGUCCUCCUCGGUGGAGUCCAGCACCUCCAGCCAAGAGCACCUCAACUACUCGUCGUCUUCCGGCUCCAGGAUCCAAGGCAACCACAAGAGCGGCCCUGGCCGCUGGAAGACCCCGAUAGCACCCCACUCCGGCCCCGUGUGUGUCUCCCAACCUUCCCGUUCAGAUCUUCCACCUCCUCCUCCUCCUCCUCCUGCGCACUACGACUACGAGCCACAAACCGACCUGCCGCUUCCUCCACCGCCCUCUAUUACACAGCAACAGGCAGCGGCCGCUGCGGCCACGGUUGAACGCAAGAAACGCGAGGAGCAACAGCGCUGGUAUGAGAAGGAAAAAGCCCGGCUUGAAGAGGAGCGAGAGAGGAAGAGAAGAGACCAGGAGAGGAAGCUGGUGCAGAUUCGCAACCCUCCCGGCCCAGUCAUGCACAACAACCAGCACGGCCCAUUGCCACCUGCCCCUCAGUACCAACAGAUGCCCCAUCCACAGCCCCCCAUGCAGGUGCCCCAACCAUACCUUCCCCCAGUCCAGCUGCCCCAACCGCCACAGCCACAACCCGCCCGACCAGACAAGCUAAACAGCCUUCCCCGCCAGCCGCCACAGGACACAGUAAUUCGUGACCUCUUGCCCCAGCAGCAGCCACGCACCAUCGAAAGACGUGACCUGCAAUACCUCACCAUCAGCAAAGAGGAGCUGUCCGCCAGUGACAGCCUAUCGCCCGACCCCUGGAAGAGGGACGCCCGAGAGAAACUGGAGAAGCAGCAGCAGCUUCACAUCGUGGACCUUCUAGACAAGGAGAUCCAGGAGCUUCAGGCCAAACCUGAACGCACGGCUGAGGAGAACGACCGUCUGAUCAAUCUGCCUCGUCCAGAUCACUCUCUCCCAACCCUUUGGUUGCUCUGUAUGUUUUUGUUUCUCCUGCAGCAGACUGCUGUUCCAGCAAUCUCUGUACUAGACUUGCUGCAGGACGAGGAGCGACGACGGAAACAGCAGUUGGAGGAAAUCCGUAAGCGUGAGGCAGAAGAGCGAGCCAAACAGGAGGAGGAGAGACGCUGGAGAGAGGAGGAGAGAGCCAGACGAGAGACCGAGGAGAAGGUAUUGAGAUCGGAACGGACCAGCGACAACUAGGAACUUCUAUAAGUAGUUAAAUGCAAUAAAGAUGAUUUUGAUGACAAAGGACUUAGUCAAGAAAUACAUUUUUGUGUAAUAUGCAAAUUGCAGAUACGUUUUAGCACACUUCUUAUGAGAUGCAGAUUAUCUUCUCCUUUUUUUGCCCACUCAGCCAGGUCUUAAAUGCAAGUCACGACAACAGCAGGUAGAUUUUUAUGUCCCAGACCUGUUCUCUUGCUAUUGAUUAGUCAGGUUAAUUAUAGUGAGAUCUUGCUUUUGUUUUGGGGCAAAUCCCCAAACAAUAUCUGUACCCAUAUACAGUAAAUUGAUUUUUGGCAUAAUUUCCUGAUAGAGGCGUAUGUGAUCAGCCUUGUUUAUUCAUGCUAACGUCAAGCUUUUUCAAGGUUUCACCCGAUUUCCGUGUGGAUGGUAAGUGGGUGUGAUUGGAGACAGGAGCUGAUAUUUAAUGUGUCAGACUGUACAAGA